AUGGCGUUUGUUCCUUUUCUUAGCCGCCUCAAAGCCAUGGUUUCACCCGCGCGCGCCGAUCCGCCCUUCCCCGUGGAGCGCCUCCCCGACGACGUUCUCGCGCUCGUCCUCCGCUCGCUCGCGCAGACCUCCUUCCGCCACGCGCUCGUUUCUAAGCGCUGGCUCCGCCUCGCCACGUCCGCGCUCUCCCAUUUUAACAUUGAGAUACAUCAUCCCGAGCAGUACCGCAACGCGCAGCUUGCAUGGCUCCCGCUCCCGCGCCUUCUUUCCGCGCUGCGCCGCUUUCCCACCCUCACGCACGUGUCGCUGGGCGAGUUCUCCAUCUUAUUCGCCGACGGUGACGCGCUCUUCCAAUGUCUGGCCGCCACGUGUCCGAGGCUGAGCCAUCUAACCGUGGAGCAUCAGCUUCGCAUGGCGGUUACAGUAGACGGCCUCGCGUCGCUCUUCCGUGGAUGCCGCAAGCUCAGGGAACUCCGGCUGCUCACCACCGCCGGCUUCCCGCAUCUUCCGCCGUCCCUUUCGCUCCUCACAGAUCUCCAAACCCUCCACGUGUGCGCGCAUGCUCAUUCUGGCAAAGACUCGUUACAGGAGCUCGUUUCGCCGCCCGAGAGCAUCGGCGCGCUGCAGCAGCUGCGAGAAUUGCGGGUCAAUGCGGGAGCGACUUUCCAGGGACUCGGGGAGUGCGUGGGUCUCCUGAAGAACCUCCGCAAGUUGAGUAUCAGUAGUGUGUUCUCAAGAACCGUCACAGAGCUUCCCGACGCGAUCGGCGACUUGGCUCGGCUGGAAACCCUAGAAAUCGAGCUGGACGGGCUCGAGUGCCUUCCGGAAUCCCUCCAACUGCUGACCGGGCUGAAAACCCUUUCCAUCCAAUCAAAGAAUUUACCAUGCCUGCCCGAGAAUGUUAUGGCGGGGCUGACGCAGCUGCAGUCUCUUUCCCUCCACGCCUGCGAUUCCAUCGGGAUUCUCCCAGAGAGCAUCUGCUUCCUCCCUCUCUCCUCCCUCUGCAUCUCCUCCUGCCCCUCCCUCACCUCACUCCCACACCACAUCGGCGCCUUGUCCCACCUGCAAACCCUAAAGCUCCUCUCCCUUGAUAAUAUCCGGGAUCUGCCCGAAAGCCUGGGUAAUCUACCCCGGUUGAAAACGCUCGAGCUGGUCCUGCCCACGCUGCAGCAUCUGCCCGAGAGAUUGUGUGAAAGCAGCCUGCCAGCGUGCCUGGAAAAGCUGAGCCUGACCAACUGUUAUCAACUAAAGGAGCUUCCUCCCUCACUGUACAAGCUGACGCGUUUAGAGUCCCUCCAUGUCGAGUCAUGCUCCGAAAUAGAGUCUCUGAAGCCUCUGACCUCUCCAAACCCUCCUGAUGGCUCCGGAAGUGGGUUGGAAUGGUGCAGUCUGGCUGACAAGGCGGUCAUCGGUGCUCUCUGCACUGCUGCACUCUUUGCCGUUAUGGUGCUGAUCUCCCAACCGCUUCUCACCAUGCGAGACCGGAUAGAACCGUCCUCUGCUGCCACGCUCGCUGCCACCGGUGCAAGAAGUGGCAGUGCUUUUGUCAACGCCGCGUCGCUGCUUCUUGUCGUGGUGCUGCUGCUGAUAUCACAUGUGCCCAAAAACUUCUCCUUCCCUGCCCUCCACACGCUCACCCUGUAUUGCCUUGGCAAUCUGGAAAAUCUCCUGGACUUAUCCAGCAGGCAGCUGCCCCAACUGCAGCAUCUGGAGUUGGAGGGGGUGGGUGUGGAGGCGGAACCAUGGCUGCUAGACUGCCUUCCCGGUGGCUGGUUAGCGUAUGGGUGGUGCGUAGGGGAGGUGGAAGAAAACAGCCCGCUUGUUGUGAGUCACGACUGGAGAUGA